AUGCAGAAUCCUUGUACUAGAUGACCCCCUUCCCAUCACCCCCAGUGCGGGCAGCCAUGGGGCUGAGAUGCAUUUGUUGUAACAAAUUUUCAAGUGCAUUUCUAGCCGGCAGCGUGUCUGGUACGAACGGGUCCCCCAAGGGCGAGAGGAAAGCAUGGAGUCCAACAAAAAGAGAAAGGCGUGUAUGCGUGUGUGUGUGUGCGUGUUUGUGUCACCAACAGCUUCUCUGGACUCCGGCGGACUACCAGCCAGCCACUGUCUGGUAAACGGGCGCGUGCGUGAGGGAAUACGUGUGCACGUGUGCGGCCAAGCGUGUAUGUGUGUGGUGUGGGGAUAGAAAAGCAGCACACACACACGCUUAACAUUCGCUCGCAACAUGGCGUUGAAGCGCCGAGAGACACGAUAGCUAUUCCCCGACUAAUGCGGUGGUUCUGCGCGGAAAGCCCUGGGACCGCUGCCCGACAGAGACCCAAACCUCCACAGAGACUCCGUUACGCACCGCCGUGGACAAUAACGGAUUCCAGCGUGUGCAUGUCGCCGUGAGGGCUUGAAACUACGGUGUAUGUGAUUGUAUACAGGCGCACGCUUCUACCCCGCUGGUGGAAAUCAAAGGCUGUACAUGGCGGUGGAGAGUAUAAUUUGGCUGUUCUGUCUUUUUUCGCUGUAUUGGGGUCCAACCAAGCAAGAAAAGCCUGUUUCAGUGGAACUGAGCUGUGGUGCUGGGCCCAGCCAUGUGGUUCUGGAGUUAGGUUUGCCACUUUUGCUGGACUGCAACCUGGGGUCCAGUGACACUCCUUUCAAUGUCACCUGGUUCAAGGAUGGCCAGCUCCUGCCGCAGGCGCUGGGAGAUCGCCUGCGGUAUUUGACCAACGGAUCCCUCUUGUUGUCGCCCACCUCUGCAGACAGCCAGCCUCCCCAGAACGUAGAGGGCAGUUACAGCUGCGUGAGUGCCAGCGCCAUCGGAGCCCUGACAAGCCGGACUGUCAACGUGCUGCUUGCAAGUCUGUCCAGCUUCUAUGAGGAGCCGUCACCACAAACAGUGACCACUGGGGGUUCUGCUCGGUUUGAGUGCCAGAUUGAGGGAGUACCCACAGCUGUCAUAACAUGGCAAAAAGACCAAGUGACUCUCACUGACGAGACGAGCAACAGGUUCAUUUCUCUUCCUAAUGGGGUGCUGCAGAUUCUGAAGGUGACUAAAGAGGAUGAGGGCUUCUACCGCUGUGUUGCAUCCAAUUCCGCCAGGAAGAACGUCAGCAGCGAAGCUAGACUCACUGUCACGACAGGCUCCAUUGACAGCCCAGGCCCAGUUGUGAUUGUUGCGCCACCCCAGAAUGCCACGGUGGUGCUCGGCCAUCCUGCUGUGAUGGAGUGUGUGGCACAAGGCCAGCCAAAACCACUGGUGUCAUGGAGCAGGCAAGACGGAAAGCCUAUUUCCACAGACGUGAUCGUCCUGGCAACAAACCUGGUGAUUAGGGACACGAGGCGUCACCAUGCCGGCGUCUACGUCUGCCGAGCCAACAAGCCCAAAACUAGAGAGUUUGUCUUUGCUGCUGCUGAGCUGCACGUUGCUGCCCCUCCGGUGAUUGUGCAUCCCCCGGAGUCUGUGUCCCUCUCCAGGGGGAACACCGCUAGGUUUCUGUGCAACAGUUCUGGGGAACCUUUCCCAGUGCUGCACUGGCUGAAGAACGGCCAGCCCAUUAGGUCCUUCAGACGGAUGAAGGUGCAAAGCCCUGGGGUCCUGCUCAUCAACCAGCUGGCUCUGGAGGACGCGGGCUACUAUCAGUGCAUCGCCGAAAACGGGCUCGGGACAGCCUGCGCCACGGCCAGGCUGACGGUCAUCGUGAAGGAAGGUCUCCCCAGCCUCCCUCGCCACCUGACUGCUACACCGUACUCCAGCACAACAGCCCUGCUCUCCUGGGAGAAACCCGAAUACAACACAGACCAAAUCAUUGCCUAUUCCGUGCACUACCAACUCACCGCAGGGUCAGAUAAUCAGGACUCUUCGUUUGCAGUUAGCAACGACACCACAGAGUAUCUCGUCAAAGAGCUCCUCCCCCAUACUGCCUACACUUUCUUUGUGGUGGCGUAUUCGCCCAUGGGAGCCAGUCCUCCAUCACUGCCUAUAACCAUAGAGAUGCUUGAGGACGUUCCUAGCGCACCUCCUCAGCUCUCCGUCGCCAGCACGUCCCCCACUGACAUCAGGCUGGUGUGGCAGCCGCUGACUUCACAGCACAGCCGAGGGGCUGUUACCCGCUACCGCGUUGAUUACAGUGCGCUGGAUCAGAAGAACACUGUGUUCUCAGUGGAGCUGAGAGGCAACGAGACUCAGUUCAUGCUCAGGGAGCUGCACCCAAACCAGGUUUACCGACUGAGGAUAGCUGCUGGAACCGCUGUGGGCUUCGGUGUUCCGUCUGAGUGGGUCCAGCAGCAAACAGUAGUUCGCAAUGGCCCCAGUGACAACAGCACAGUGAUUUUUGCUCCUUCUGAGCUGAAGGUCAGAACCAGAGUGACCACUCUGAAUGUGACAUGGCAACCCUCACCGAAUCACACGCUGGUUUCUGGCUACAAGCUCUCCUAUCGGGAAGCAGAAACUGACGGUUUCUCCACCAGAGACAGAACGUCGCACACACACACCAUCAGGCUUCGGAAGAAGGCGAGGCAUCACCUGCUGACGGGGCUCGUUCCUGACCGGCAGUAUGAGGUGAGGGUCUGGGCAUUCGACAAGCAAAAAGAUGGAGUGGCUGCAGUGUGGAAGGGAAGGACGGAUAAAAUCCACGGUAGACGUAAGACUUCCUUUAGAGCUUCUGGGCCGUCCUCGUCCCCUCCGCUGCCCCCCAGCAGCGUCCAAGCUACGGCCAACAGCUCCACCUCUGUCUGGCUCCGCUGGGAGAAACCUCGGUUCAUCAACGUGCGCAUCAUCAACUACACAGUGCGCUGCAGCCCGGCAGGAACCACCAACGCCUCUCUGGUCUCUUAUUACACCAGUUCUUCUUUGGAGAUCCUGCUCAGGGGACUGAGGCCUUUUACCCACUAUGAGCUGGCAGUGCGGUCUAAUGGAGUGAACACUGCAGGACCCUUCAGCAGCACUGUGGUGGAGGCCACCCUGCCUGACCGGCCGUCCACACCACCUGAGGAGCUGCAGCUGAGAGCUCUGAACUCCUCGUCUGUGCUGGUGAGUUGGCGCCCUCCGCUGGAGCCAAAUGGCAUCAUCGUCAGCUACAGGAUCUUGUACACCGUCAACCUGAGCGAGCCUGAAGAUGAGUGGAGGAAUCUCUCUGAGGAUGGGGGCAUCUUUAGUAUGGAGGUCCACGGUUUGUCAGGGGGGACUCUGUACUUCUUUAAAGUGGGAGCUUCCACAAAAGUGGGAUCAGGGCCUUUUUCGCCCGUUAUGGAUGUUCAGACUCCGCUGCCCACGUACGAGCUGGACAUUCACGCAGUCACAGGCAUCAUAGUCGGUGUUUGCUUGGGACUUAUUUGCAUCCUCCUCUGUAUGUGUUUCAGCUUUCGAAACAGCAAACCCAGAGAGCUGUCUGGAGGCCUGAGCUCCACAGCCGUGACUCCUCAGGGCAGGAAAGGCGGCUGCCCUGCUCCAGCCAGUGUGCCCGAGUGCAGCGAUAGCCACGAACUGGAGACGCUGAUGCCUCCAGGCACCCAGGAGUUGGGUCAGCAGCCGACAAAAGACCCGGAGGAACAGAGUCUGAUGAUUGCUUGGAAUGGCUCUGUGAGUCAUAACUGGGUCAACAGGAUCACACGAUACAGAGACACCAUAACAGAUGAGUCUCCAGCGCUGAUUAAUGGAGCACUCAGCAUGUUCAUUACUGCGACCGGCAUGGAAACAGACGAUCAUAUCUCCACGUCUUUGUGCAGUAACCAGGUGGAGGCAGAAGUCAUUGUGCACUCUGAGUUGUCAGACCCCAGUGGGAGGGAGAAGGAGGAGGGCAGCGAGCGGGAUUCUAACGCCACCCGGGGGCCGUCGUUAUCAGAGGACGUGUAUUCCCCUCUGAGUCGGCCGAGUUCGCCGAGAGAAGAGGCGGAGCACCUCAAAAACCUUUCGGCAGCUGAAAGUCCCCCGAGUCUUCCCUCAAGAACAUUGGCGGCUCGUCACAGUGAGGAAGCAGAAGGCGCCAGGCAACAGCAGAACGGCGACAGGGAGCCGCAGCCGGACACACGCCUUACUAAUGGCUUCCACUCUCCUAAGACUCCGAGGCCAAUGCUGAAACCUGAGCAUCUGGACAUGGAGGGCUCCAGACACUGCCCGUCCGCUGCAGGGAAGGCUAUCCCUGCCCGACUACCUUCUGCACCCUUCGUCAGCCCCGGCUUCGUGCACUCUACCUCAGCUGCUCACAUAUAUCUGUGCCCUUAACUUUCAUCCACGCAGGGACAUUUCAGACGGUUUUUUUUUUUUUUUUUUUUUUUCCAGGAAGAAUCCAUGAAAAAAAACUAAUUAUGCACAUUAUUACUGGAUUUCUUUCUCUUCCUUGCAUAGUUUUAUAGGUACUUUGAAUCCAUCAUUUCACAUAUGUGUAUACAUAAGAAGUGUUUUGUUUUUUUUCGUAGAGGUCCAGAACUGUUUCAGGUUUUACAUCUUUGUGGAUUAUUUCCAGAUCACAAAAAGAAGACGGGAAAGUUUGAAUACAAGCAGAGCAGAAGCUGAGUGAAGUCGCCCCCCCAGCCCAACUUCUUCAAAUCAGACAAAAUUGGUGUCAAUCAACUCGACUAUGUUUGUGCUGCUAAAGUUUUUGUUUAUGCUGCUUUGGCUUUGAAGAUAUUAAUGAAAAUUUUAAAGGUCAAAAGGUCAACCAGUUCCUCUUCCCCCCUACUUUUACCAAAUCCAAAUAAAAUUUAACUUUCAUUAAUAUCUUCAAAGCCAAAGCAACACAAACAAAACUAUUUGCAAACCAGCACAAAUAUAGUUGAGUUGAUUGACACAAUUUGAAGAAAGGGGAGGUGCGGGUGCUAGUUCACCUUUCAUGACCCCUGGAAACAUUUCUUAAUAUCUUUAAAAUGAUAUCGGCACAAAUGAAAAUUUUUGCUGUACAAACGUUUGACACCAAAUUUGCCUGAUUUAACGAGGGGGGGUGGGGGGCAACUUCACUCAGGUCAGAGCAGAAGGGAGUGAAUUAUAGAUGGGUUCUUCCUGUUGGUGGUGUUCCACUCGGGUAGGACAUUACAGCAGGAAGUGAUGGAGUAAUUGGAUGGGGUUUCAUCAGUUGUGUCGGGGUGGGUUGCUUUAUUGAUAUCCCCACAAUGUGGCAUUGAGAAAUUAGCCUUAAAGAGUAUUCACUAAUGUCAGAGUUCAGAACACCCACAUCCUGUAGACUCAGGGUCCAAACACUCACACAGGGAUUCUAGCUAGCACCGGUCCUGUGUACCGUAUACAAACAUUUCCUGAGUGGAGAGUGGAGGGUACUGGGGGGAGGUUCUCAGGUGCCUGAAUAUUCUAGGUGCAUUUAUAACCUGUGUGUAUUUUCUAUUCAGUGCGAGUACAAACCAUGUCAGAGUGAAGUGAACAAGGUUACAAGGUUCAGUAGAUGUGGAGCCACAUGUCCAUUUGGGAGCGAGGGGGGAACUAGGUUUUUUACUGGUCAUCAGAGAGGGGCUAUCUUGUGUUAACAUCAGAGUACCUCAAUGUUGACAUCGGUUGCAUUAAGCUGGAGGGAAAACAAAGGGGAGAUUUUACAGCAAUCCAUCUGCAGACCAGUCUCCUGAUUUAGCUCAGCAGGGAUGCACCUCUGUCCAUACUGAUGUCAGAACACUGUUACACAAAAAUUAAAACUCUUCCAACGAGCCUGUUUGGUGGCUUAAAAAGUGUUUGCCCCUUUACAGAUUUUUUUUUCUGUUUUUUUGUUGUUGUUGUUUUGCUUUCUUUUGUUUUUGGUCAAAGUUAAAUGUUUCAGAUAACCAAACAAAAUUUAACGUAGUGUAUUCACUACAAAAUCGUUGUGAAUACAAAAGGCUUUUUUUAAUGUAUUUUUUUAUUAAAGUUUAGUGAAAGUCAAUUUAGCUCUUUUGGAGGGUUUUCAAACAUGAACGACAUGUUUAAGGUCACCACAGCAGGAUCUGUGAACACGACACGUGUGACGUUACUUAAACCAAAUGCUGUUUUAGUUUUAUGUCAGACAUACUAGGAAGCGCACCCUCCAGAACUUUCCAGAGUUUUUCCAUCUGUUCCAAAAUGUUUCUUUUUUCUUUUCUGAGAAUGGGGUCAGGUUGUAAGUUUGAAUUAAUUUUGAUCAGCAGUGGUUUUGGAUGUGAAACUCUUACAUGAAUUCAAAUUUCACCUGGUUUUUCUUAUUGUUGGAAGACAAAGAGCGACCUUAACUCCUCCAGAGGUUUGCCACUGUUUCAUGUUUUGUCCAUUUUGUGGAUAAUGGCUCUGACUAGGGAACAAAAGCCUCAGAAAUGGCCUUGUAACUCCAACCAGACUGAUGGUUGUCAAUAACUUUGCAAUCUGUUCUUGAAUUUAUUCAGGCAGGAUUUGUUUUUAAAACCUUUUAUCCUACUUCACGUUGUGGAACAGGUUCUGUUUGACUGAUCUUUUGGUUCUUCUAACUGUAAUUUGGCCUGUUAAAGGCCAGACAAUACAUAAUAAUAACAAUCAGAGUUCAAACUUAAGUAGUGCUUUUUAGGAAACUCAGAGAUGCUUAACUCAUGACUUUCAAGGGGGGCGGGUUGUAUUGGAUAACUGUCCCCCUCUGAAUAAAUGGGUUUGUCAUUUGAAAACUCCUCUUUGGAUUAUGUGCUAUUGAUUUGGUAAUCUGAAACAUGCAAGAUUGACAAAAAGGUAAGAAAAAAAAAGACAUCUAUAAGGGAGCAAAUAUUUUUUUAGAGCAAAAUCUAUGGAAAAAUGACCCCAGUUUUUGUAUUUAUGCUCAUGUGAUUUUGAAUAAAAACAAACAUGUUGAAAAUAUUUAUUGUAUUUUCGGUCCGAUUCAUGUUGAUGUCAUUAUUGGUCGGAGCAGUGUUCACAAGGACUGGUGCAUCCCUCUUUUCUUUUCUCUUUUUUGUCUCAACGUCACUACCUCAUUUCUUUUCAGAAGGAUUGUUCUACUUGUUUUACCCUUAACUGGCGCCUUUAUACGACAAUUUUUCUAAACUUGUCUGACUUUCAGCGCAAACAGAAAGCGUCGGACGGCGACUCUGCGGUCGUGCUUUUAUAUCAAAACAAGGACUGUAUGUCCUUUUGCCAUUUGUGGAUUUUGUCUCUGUGUAAAAGUUCCCUGUUGCAUUUUCUGUGCUCAACCAAAAGCCUUCGUGCUCGGUGGCUACUUCGUCAAACCUGAUUGUUUGCUUCAGACGUUUUCGUGGAAGUGGGCAUGAGAUGUUUGUGAGUAUUUGACAGUUCUGUAGCUCAACACAUCAAUAGCUGCACCUGGUGUCAUUGUUUUGUGUCUUCUGUAUCACAGCUUUCAGCUGCUUCCAUUCUGCCCUGUAUUAUAAAUAGACUUUCUGAAGGCUAGAAAUUCUAUGAUUUGAUUUGAGAGAAUUUUUUUUUACUUGUGAUGGAAAGAAGGUGGAAACUUUGGUUUGUACGACUGUAAAUAUAUAUUACAACUUACCAUCUGUAAUUCUUAUACACUAGCAAUAAGUUUGUAUCCUUUUUUUUUUUUGGUAACACAAGUUGCUUAGUAACAAGUAUGACCUUCUAAAUUAAAACUUGGAAAUCUGUAACAGUCCACACAUGUCCUUACGAAAAUAUUAUUCUGUCUUUUCACUUUUUGACACUUUACAGCCACACACACUUCAGUGUGUUCACCUGGGAAAGUAAAUGAGCAGCCAGCACUAGCGUAAUUAUAUAAAUGAAGUGGAAAGAAAUGAUUGAAAAGUUGUUUUUUUACCAACAAAAUGUGAAAAAUAUGGCAUGUGUUCCUAUUCAGUCCCCUUUAAUCUGAUACAGCAAAAUAAAGUAUACUUGUGGCGUUCCACAAAGAUGAGUACUGGGACCACAUCUGGUCGUUUUGCACAUAAUUGAUUUUAACAGAUUACAUGGCAUCCUGAUAAAAUAUAGCCACUGAUUUCCUUCAGAAGUUAACAAAUGAGUGAAUUGUCCAUGUGUGAACUUUAAUUUUAUAUAAAUCCAGUUGUUCCGUGAAGAAAAUGACUCAAGGUCAGAGAGAAAGUUGUGGAGAAGUUUAGGUUCACAUAUGAAUCUUAACUGUUUCACCGUUUUUAUUCUUAGAACAUUUAAAAAAAAAAAAAACUAAUUGAAAUUUGUAGUGUGCCACUUUGUGCUGAUGUGUCACGUAAAAUCCCAAUUAAAUAUGGUGAGGUUUGUGGCUGUAACAUGGCAGAAUGUGAGAAAGUUCAAGUUAUUGCUCGUCUUUUUUCCAAUGGUUUUCUAUUUAAGCCAGACCCAAGCUUCCCUUUCUUUCCUUUCUCUGUUUCUACACGUUUCUGUGCAGCUGCGACGGUCUAACAAGCUCAACCCCAGUUAUCACAUGUUCCAGAAGCACCUCAGUGUGUUUCCAUCAGCAAAACACUGUUUCCUCUAACACCUAACCUUUGUCAUUUCAGAUACAGUGCAAGUACAUUUUGAAGAAGUCUAUUCUUUUAUUUCUUGCUUUCCAGUGUAUAUUUGUGAUUGUGUUUUAUUUUCUCUGUAGUUAAUUUAUUGACAGAAAUGAAUGUUCUUGAGUGAUUAAUUGCAACUUGCAGGAGUGAGGGAAUCGUUAAAAAACAUGAACUCACGGAAAUACUGCUGCAGUUGAACAAAUUGAAGUGCCAAGCCAGUUUCAUUUGCAGCCGAUCUUUGAUGUCAUGGCAGAUUUGCAUCACUGGCUAACUAAAAAGUCAGCUGUGAACAAAUUGACGGGAGGCGGGUGAGGCGGUGGGUUGUAGUGUGUCGACAGCAAUACACCUCGUGUUAUGAGGAUGUGCUCUGUCUGAAAGCUAAGGCAAACCAGUAGAGCCGUGCUUGUGUCGUAUCGCCCCUGGAGAUUUCUGAAUACUGUAAAAUCAUCCUAGAAAGACUGAAUAUCUCAAAACCAUUCCAGCAUUACUCUCAGCUGUGAUUAGCCAUAGUAAAUUAGCAAAGGUGCUAAAAGAGGUAGAAAGUAUUGAACUGGUCAGGUGGAAAUUGUAAAAAUGUGACUUUUUUUUUUUAAAUCAUUGAUCUGGUUGUAAUGAACCCAAAACUAUGAUGGAUCCAGCUGUGAACAGCAAAGAUGAAUGAAUUCUUAACUUUAACUUCCAGGAACCUGUUAAUAUUUCCUUUCCUCUGAUUGGCCGGCCACCUAUUUGCCUCUUGUUUUUGUUUUUGCAUCUUUCCCUCUCAUGUUUACUGGAGUUAUGGCGACAGCGUAGGUUACAAUGCAGGUGCAUCCACUGCGUUCCUCAUAAGUCUGUUUCCCUUAUGAGAUCGGUUUCAGCUCAAUUUUACCGAAAUCCAUGCAGCACAGCAACCAUGCAGAAAAUAAUCAGAUAUCUACAGAUAUGCUUAACUGCUUUAUUCCUUCUGUGAUGCCGGUAGAAGCAGAUGUGUUUGUUUUUACAAGGGUAACAUUUAUUAUUUUUGAUGGUCACUUUACAACAAAACAAAAACCACUGUUUUGUGUUCUGGCCGACAAUCCAAAUCUAAUGUGAAUUUGACAGAAAAGCAUCUGUCCAGCAGCUCAACUAAUCAUUUUAAAUGUUAAAAAAAAAAAAAAAAAAAAAAGUUAAAAUAUGGGUAGAUUUCUACAUUUUUCUGUUUUUGUAGUCUGACUGCAGUCAUGGUGACAGGGAUUCACAGAAAACCUGCUUUCAGUUUAAAGGACACCUGUUCUCCUCAUGGAACAAUCACAUUGUUUUAGAGAAAACCAGUUUACCCAGUUUAAAAGGGAUUUAUUAAAAUAAGACACCUCAUGCUUGUUGGUUCUGAUCAGCUUCUUGACGCUGCACCUUUUUUGUAACAACUGGGAAAAAAAUUUUUUUGUGAACAUAGAUUUACCCCCAAAGAAUUAGAAGCGGUUUUGUCUUAACCGAGAGACGAUCUUUACUCAUUACAGGUACAGGGUGGCUCUUGAUUAGCAAUGCAACUGUGAACAAAUGUAAUAGGGAGGAGGAUUGGGAUUAAAUAACUUCAUUUAGUCUAAAGGGGUAAUAAGUUUAUAGCAAAAAAACAUAAGUUAUCAGAGGAAAAAAAAAGUUGCUGUUUGUCUACAGUAGUUAAAACUUCUGAUAUCCACUUUGCUUUUCGUACUCCUCUGUUCAGGCUGCCGUUUCCUGACAGGAAGGUCUCAACUCAGGUCAUCUUUGCAUGAAUUUGUAAAGGUUGGUGCCAGCAUUAGGAAGCAUGCCACCUGCUGCUCGGUGUGGUCAUUUUCAAAAGUAAAUCAAACAAGUUCUCGUAUGCACAGAUGAUGUCUCGUUUUAUACUUCUAAUCUCUCCAUGCGAUUCUGCCUCUGUACUUUCUGGUGUGAACAGAUUUUAUUAUCGUUGUUCUUUCUGCAGUAAUAUUUUACUCCGCUUCAGGACGGGACCCUCUUGUCUUCUCUGGUUUUUGUGUGCUGACUCUGUCCUGCUCCUCAGUGCGCUCGCUCCGUUGUAAACUCUGCUGCUCGCAUCAGACGCCUCCGCCACCAUGUGCUGACAGCAACCACAGACCAUACUAGCAAAUUAUAGGAGCACUCAGAAGAGUGGCCUCUUUUUAGGGGCGAUAAUCAACUUUAACCUGUCAUACUUACAUUUUAAGUGCAAUUUUCUUAGCCCAUGAGACCAUGGAGAGAUUACUCACUGUAGGGGAAAAGCUACACUUAUAAACCUCGACUUGUUCGGAGAAAUCAAUCAAAGGAUGUGCUUUGCUUGUGCUCUGUGGAGAUAUUUCCUGUGUUGCCACGUGUGCAAAUGUAGAAAAAAAAAAUCUCACAAUGCCUGAAAACUUGUCUUAUGUAAAUAAACCUCGACAGUAAAAAGUCA